GCUAACAAGGGCCCCGGUGGUUGUGCAUCAGCCUUCACUGAAUACAAGGUGAUCGAGGACGAGACCCGGAAAAACUUGCCGGCCAUGCUCCACCCCCGUGAGAUACUGGAGUCACAGGUUGCCCAGCAGCUCCGAGAGCUUUUCCCGGAUCUUGUGACGUCCGUCACCAAGCCCAAGCCAAAGGAGAAGAGUGCAGCAGGCAUCGGACUCGUAGCGUAUCAUCCUCCAGGAUGGGUCGUGACUUUCUCCAAGCCCAAAAUCCGCUAUAUCUCGGCGAAAGAUGUCUCCGGAGACUUCGCCGAGAUGUUGGGACUGGGGCCUGGCAUCGUCCCCCAGAAGACGGUGGGCAAAGACGGCUUCGUG